CAAAAAUUUGCAGGCGGCCUUUGUUCUUCUUAAUUUCCUGAAUUUUAUCUUUUUCCAGAUAAGAGAAGGGACCGACAACAGAACUUUUCUCCGGCGGUGCCUCCAAGAACGUUCAGACAAUUGCAAUGGCCCCGUCAGAAGCAGAAGCCAGUCAAGCGGCCGAGCAACCAGCCUCUCGCUCGCGCUCGCGGGCGUCUUCGGUCGGCGCUCAGUAUCGAGAAGGCGAGUACGAUACGAUCGAGGACGUCCGUACCACGUCUCUCUAUUCCGCCUUGUCCGGUCUUCUCACUUCCGGCAAGUUCUCUGACAUGAUCGUUCGCUGCGGCGGUCGCGAGUUUAAGGCUCACCGCGCCAUUGUUUGCCCGCAGUCUUCCUUCUUUGACAGGGCCAUUACGGACGGGUUCUCAGAGAGUACAACAGGUGUCGUGGAGCUGCCCGACGACGAUCCAAACGUCCUCGAGCGUUUCCUACAGUUUCUCUAUACCGGAAACUACGAGGACGAAACCAUCUUGGACUGGCAUAAACCAGCCGAGGUCAGCAUGAUGACACCCGAGGAAGUUGCUGAACUGUUGGCGGAGGUUCCUGGGGUUAGUGUCACCGCCCCCGCUGCUGAGCAGCCCCUCAAUGAUGCAGCCUCGAGCUCUUCGGCGGCAGCGCCCCCGGAAACCGCAGGUGCCGCGGACACGGCCAAUCCUCCUCCACCUGGCGGGAACAACGAUGAUGAUAGUGACACCGAAGACGGAAGCUACCGGUCACGACUGUCCAACGGUGAGCCCGGCGAACCGGAGGAACCCGCGGAGGAAUACAACGAGUUCGACGCGGAAGACCCCGAGGAAGACUCCUCCACGGAUGACCACCGGAGCAAAGAUCAGAUCAACCGACGACAUUCUCAGCUUCUCCGAGAACUAGGGGAUUCGUUCGCGGCCGAAAGGCAGCUCUUGAACGAGUUGCGGACCCGGCAAAGCCUCUUCCUACCGCUGCGGCUGUACGUCAUGGCCGACAAGUUCGACGUGCCCGCCCUCAAGCUGCUGGCCCGAGACCGCUUCUACCGCGCCGCCGAGCUGGCGUGGAGGGAAGUCGAGUGCUUCCCGGACGUCGUGGACGAGCUCUACACGACCACGCCCGCGUCCGAUCUGGCCAUGCGCGAGAUUGUCUGUCGCCUGGUCGGAUGUAGCAUCAAGGACGAUGAGCAGAGGGAGAGGAUGGCGCCCGUAAUGCGGAAGCACGGAGACUUUGCCGUCGGCGUCCUCAACUAUUUCAUCGAGUCUGAGCGGCACAUCUGGACCUGAUCUUUCGAGCCCUCCUGUCGCCUGGCUUCUCGCCUGGCUUCUCGCUCGGAAAUGGAGGGAUGGCAGUGGCGCUCAUCUUCUUCUUAAGUAUUAGAUCUCGAAUAUUAGUUCGGAUAUCAGCUCUCUAUUAUUAGUUGCUAUCUAUACGUACAUAUAAAUCUCCUUAACAAGUAAACUCCGCAAGACAGACCAGGCCGUCAAGGCAUGGCAAUUGCGGUUUCACCGUCGCAACACGGGGGAGAUCUCGGUUUUCUGCUGGGUGAGCAGCGCCAGCCGCCACGGCAG